CAAUACAAUAGCUACUAUUUUCAAACACGCCUAUAACAUCUACCCGAGUCUUUCAUAGCAGAUAGUCUUUGAUCCUUGGAUCCUGGGCUUGAUAAUCAAGUAUACCUGGACAUGACAUCCAGCGAACCCGCAUACGACCCUAAAAAGACAGGCCCAUGGCUCAUCUGCACAGCUUGUGGGACACAAUUUCCCACCGCAGACAGGCAAAAGGUGAAAACAUGCUUCAUCUGUGACGACCCUCGUCAAUUCACGCCACCAACUGGUCAAGCCUUUACGAGUCUCGAUGAGCUCCGUUCCAAUACCAAAAAUGUAUGGACGCCCUUCGAAGGCGACGACAGGUUCAUAUCCAUACACACAGAGCCCAAGGUGGCUAUCGGUCAGCGCGCCAUCCUUAUAAAAACUCCAAAUGGUAACGCCCUCUGGGAUUGUCUCACUCUCAUCGAUGACGACACCAUCAACAGGAUCAAAAGCUUAGGCGGGCUAAAAGCCAUCGUCAUUUCCCACCCGCACUAUUAUUCAACACACGUGGAAUGGGCCCGCGCUUUUGGCUGUCCUGUCUACCUAGCCGCGGAAGACAAGCAGUGGGUAACGCAGACCUCAGCGCAUCAGGUCUUUGUAAAGGAAACAGAGCUUGACUUAAAGAUCAAGGGCAUAUCUUCUGGAGUCAAGGUCCUCAAGCUUGGAGGCCAUUUCCCAGGCUCAUUCGUAGCUUUAUAUGAAAAGCAUCUACUCAUCGCCGACACGCUAGUCACUACACCAUCCGGCCUCGGCAGCUGGAAUACGGAUGCCUCAGGGGCUUUCCGGACCCGACCCGCGGGUCUGAAUAGCUAUUCGUUCAUGUGGAGCAUCCCGAACAUGAUACCCUUGGCUCCGGACGAGCUGCAGCGGAUGUGGAGUAUCCUUAAGAAAUACGAUUUCAGCUCUACCCACGGCGCGUUCCUCGAGAUGGAUAUCGUGAAGACCAUCCCGGAGAUGAAACGCAGAGUGCUGGAGAGCAUGCAAAUUCAGAUCAAGUAUAUGGGCUAUGGCGACCAUGCGCUUUUGAAGGAAACCAUAGCAUAAAUCAUAAAGAGAAGAGAAGGACGCAGCUUGGACUAAAUCGGACCGAGAUAUCCAAGAUCGAGAUGCGUGAAUGAAUGCCCCUCUGAAAAAUCAAAUACCUUGCCUAUUUAAUACUCCACCAUUUGCCCAUCAAGGUACACGGAUCGCAUGUACAUUAUAUCCGAUAUGCAAGAGCCAACAAAUCUAAAAUCAAUACAUAUUACCUUCCAAGUCUACAGCUUGCUCGCACCCUCCUGCGGGAUCUUCACGACGACCUUACCCCACGUCUCCCUCCCUCCCAACGCAACCAAGGCAUCAGGCACGCUCUC